UUGCCUUGACUAUUGUUUUUGAAUAACUACAAGUGUUAAUUUUCAUGUCUGUUAUCACAUAUUAUUCAAUAGCGUGCUCCACUGAAACGACUAAUGCCAUGUGCAAUACAAUCCAUGUAUUGUGGACGAACCUCCUACAAGUAACGUAGCUAAUGAUUACUGUGUAAGAGGACUUUCGCUUUGUUGUCCCUCCACAGAUUCCGUCCAUGGGUAAAGGAGAUGUGAAGUUGUUCGUGUUGUGACGCUAACUCUCUAGCCAAAUAAAAUAAACAAAUCCUGUUGGCGGACGUUUGGGGCACAUGGUGACAUAUUGAACUGUGCAGAUAGUAUUGGGCAGCUCUUGCGAGAAGACGGUAUAUAAACGUUGUAGAUAGAUUGCUAGCAGACACGGACACAGGCCCAAUCAAUCCACAGUUGCAAAGGAAAGCAAGUGUUGCCUGUCGCCAGCAUGGACUCUUGGAUUCGAUUUAGUGCGCAGAGCCAAGCCAAGGAACGAGUUUUCAGGGCUGCACAGUACACCUGUACGUUGCUAGGUUACACUCUCCAGAAGGGUGGGGCAGGUGUUGAGCUCCUGAAGACAGUGAAACAACUGGAAGCUCAUGUGAGCCUAACAAGGAAGUUGAUGCGUCUAGGGAACUCGGCAGAGGCUGUGGAGGCAGCGAAACGUGCUGUGCACCUCUCGGACAGCGUGUUGCGUCUCUGUCUGACCGUGGCCCACCUCAACAAGGCCAUGUACUUCGCCUGUGACAACGUGCUUUGGGCCGGCAAGGCUGGCCUCCUGCCCCAACUGGACCAGGUCAAGUGGAGCCAGAGAUCCUUCAGGUACUACCUCUUUGCCCUCAUCCUCAACCUAACCCGGGACGCCUACGAGAUCCGCCUGCUUAUGGAGCGUGAGGCCCGCUCCUCCCAUGUGGGGUCAAAGGCUACCUGGACCUCUUCUCCUCCCUCUCCACACCCCUCUUCGCUCACUCCCGAGAACGUCGACCUCUCCGACCCCUCUUCCCUUCCCGGAGCCAUAUUACCUGUACGCCUCCGCAGACAGUGCCACCUGCUGGUGACAGUGCUGCGCAGCAACCCACCGCUGCUGCUGGACCUGCUGAAGAACGCGUGCGACGUGUUCAUCCCCCUGGACCGGCUGGGCAUCUACCCCACCGGCCAGGGCUUCGUGGGGGCCUGUGGCCUGGCCUCUUCGGUCCUCUCCAUCCUCACCAUCGUCCACCCCUGGCUCAAGCUCAAACCUUGAAGAAGCCAGAAUAUUUGGUUGAACGUUCGAGCUCGAGUCGAACAUUCUUCAAGCCUUGAAGGAGACAUUUUGGCCAAACUUUUUAGGUCCCCUAGAAGUGAAGAAGUGCUGUUGUGUCGAGGAAUGCAGCAUGACACAAGAGCAGGGGUCCUGUACACUGCUUGCUUGGAAAGUUUUGCCUUUUUUUAUUUGGAAUGCCAGCUUUUUGGGCAGAUCACGCUCGGACGAAGGUUGGUGGACUGAAACAGUGGCAUUUCGAAUCAAAGAGAGAGAAUUUGCAAAUGAGCGCUGUAUUUGAAAUCUGUCUUAUGUAUUUCAGCUCGUGCUCAGAUGUGUUCAAACACAAUGUUCCCCAAAAGCCAUUUGGUUGAGUUGUUGAAAAGGACCUUCCCCAUGCGAGUGUAUAGAACCGGCGCAUGGAAAAUUGUUGAGUCAGACCGGUAGACGUUUAACCACCUUAAAGCACCGUACAUCACAACUGAUGGGCUUUGUGAAGUGAUACCUAGCACAAAGAAUACCAGAUCGUCAUUCAAUUGUGUGUGUCUGAACACAAGCUGCGGGGAGCACAUUUUUAUCACCUUAAAUCAGCGUUUUAAAUGGAUCCUGAUCUCUAGUCAGGAGACAAUUCCAUGUCCAUAUAGUGUUUCUGUCCUGUUAGCGUUAAAUUAUGUAAUUGGAAAAGAUUAUCUGUACAGUUUUGGUUUUGGAAAUGCGCCAAUGUCAUCCCCGUGGAACGCUGUACAGCUAGAUAAGUGGAAACGUUUACCUAGUUAAAACCAUCACACAUUAAAGCCUUGUCAAUGAAAAGGUGCAGUGAAAUAUUUGAUCAUACUGUGUGUGAAUAUGUAAUAAUAAUGACUUUUGAAGUGAAGGAUCCUUUUUCUAAACGGUAAAAGGGGACAUUUAUGGGCUGCCAGUCAGCUGUAUUUUUGUGCUGAUAGUGGUAAUACUGUAUGUCCACGUACAUUGCCAACAUUUAUGCAUGCGUGAUGUGAAUUAGUAUGUUUAUAGAGCCAGAAAAAUUAAAGCAAAUGAUUCGGUCAACUCAGGCAUCUAAUGAUUCUGUCCGUUUAACUCGUUGAAUUCACCCGACAGCUAAUUAUUUAGUCUACUUGAAAGUAAAUUUGUUUGUCUUCUUAAAAAUCCAUUUGUAUAACUCAAUUACAUCAAUAGUAUAUAUUAAGGCCAAGCCAUUUGAAGCUAAUUCAACCAGAUGCGAAUGGAACUAUAAUAGAUAUGUAAGUGUACUCAGCUGUUGACACAGCAGUGGCAUAAAGCCAGUCUAACUUUCAAACAGCUCUUUUUUUUUAAACCUUUGACUUUCUCCUUUAUUUACAGUGCCUUAAGAAAGUAUUCAUACCCCCUGUCUCACCCAUCUACACGCAAUACCCCAUAAUGACAAAGUGAAAACAUGUUUUUCCAAAUGUUUUGCUAAAUUAUUGAAAUAUUUCAUUUACAUAUUCACACCCCUGAGUCAAUACUUUGUAGAAGCAUCUUUGGCAGCGAUUACAGCUGUGAGUCUUUCUGGGUAAGUCUCUAAGAGCUUUCCACACCUGGGUUAUGCAACAUUUGUUCAUUGUUUUUUUUCUAACUUCUUCAAGCUCUGUCAAAUUGGUUGUUUUCAUUUCUAGACAAACAUUUUCAGGCCUUGCAUUGAUUUUCAAGUAGAUUUAAGUCAAAACUGUAACUCGGUCACUCAGGAACAUUCACUGUCUUCUUGGUAAAGCAACUCCAGUGUAGAUUUGUCUUGUGUUUUAGGUUACUGUUGUGCUGGUGGAAGGCAGACUGAACCAGGUUUCCUUCCACUCCGGCAACUGCGCUAGGAAGGACGCCUGUAUCUUUGUAGUGACUGGUUGUGUUGAUAUACCAUCUAAAGGGUAAUUAAUAACUUCAUUCUUAAAGGGAUAUUCAAUGUCAUCUUUUUUUUUUACACCCAUCAACCAAAG